GCAAACUAAAAAAAACUUAAUCCAACCGACUAGGAAAUAAGAAAAAGCCUUUGUGAACGGCCGUGUUAACCCACACACCUUCUCCAGACUGCCCCCUUCAUUUUCUUAAACCCUUCGACCCCUCAGACUGGAGCUUACUAGGGUUUUAGCAGAUCCCGCUGAUCAUGGGUAGCAUUAUUCUGAGGAAGUCAUCUUCAUCGCCGGUCAGAAAGGGGAUUCAUCUUGCUGCUCUACCGCAUCUCUUUUAUUCAAAGUCGUCUGCCUCAGAAAUCAAUGGUUCCAGAAGUGUUCCCUCGAUCCCCCGCUCCUCCACUGCUUCUAAUUCCCCAUCUAUUGGGAUUUUAAAUAAGCCGCCACACGCGCUAGCACAAACUGUUAGGGCCUUGCACGUCUCACGGCCGUUGGCUGCUGGAGUGGCUGCGGCUCGUUUGCCUGAGGAGGAUGAAGGACUUGAGAUCUCUAAGCUUGGCAUUGCUCAGGAAAUCGUCUCUGCCUUGGCACGGAAGGGAAUAACUCAGCUCUUUCCUAUUCAGAGAGCAGUCUUGGAACCAGCAAUGCAGGGGCUUGAUAUGAUAGGUCGAGCUAGAACUGGAACAGGGAAGACUCUAGCUUUUGGGAUUCCAAUCAUGGAUAAGAUCAUCCGAUACAAUGAGAAGCAUGGGAAGGGGAGGAAUCCUUUAGCAUUGAUAUUGGCUCCUACUAGAGAACUUGCCAAACAAGUGGACAGAGAAUUCUACGAGUCUGCUCCUAAUUUGGACACUUUGUGUGUUUAUGGAGGUGUCCCUAUUGGAAAACAAAUGGGUACACUUGAUCAAGGUGUUGAUGUAGUUGUUGGGACACCAGGUCGGAUUAUUGAUCUGAUUAAAAGGGGUUCAUUAAAUUUAUCGGAACUUCAGUUUGUUGUUCUGGAUGAAGCUGACCAGAUGCUUAAUGUUGGCUUCGCUGAGGAUGUUGAAAGGAUUCUACAAAGUGCACCAAAGAAGCGUCAGACUUUGAUGUUUUCAGCUACAAUGCCUGGAUGGAUCUUGAAACUCACCCAACAGUUCCUUAAGAAUCCUGUAGAGAUUGAUCUUGUUGGGAACUCUGAUCAGAAACUUGCUGAUGGGAUUUCCUUGUAUUCAAUUGCCUGUGACACACAUCAGAAAGCUGCAGUUCUUGGCCCUCUAAUAACAGAACAUGGUAAAGGAGGGAAGUGUAUUCUUUUCACACAAACAAAACGUGAUGCCGAUCGGCUAGCUUAUGCCAUGCAAAAAAGCUUCAAAUGUGAAGCAUUGCAUGGGGAUAUCUCACAAAACCAAAGAGAAAGAACACUGUCAGGUUUCCGAGAUGGCCACAUCAAUGUAUUGGUGGCCACUGAUGUUGCUGCCCGAGGUCUUGAUGUCCCCAAUGUUGAUCUGGUCAUACAUUACGAAAUUCCGAACUCUUCAGAGAUUUUUGUUCAUCGAUCUGGCCGUACAGGACGAGCUGGCAAGAAAGGAAGUGCAAUACUCAUGUAUUCGUAUCAGCAAAUGAGGGAUGUUAAAGGUAUUGAGCGGGAAGUAGGGUGCAAAUUUAUCGAGCUCCCAAAGAUCGAAGUAGACGCUGGAGCAGCAAGCAUGUUGGGUGACAUUGGAGGUGGUAAUGACCGUUUUGGCUCUAAUAGAGGCUUUGGAAGUGGCCGCUUUGGUGGAGGUGGUGGAGGCCGCUUUGGAAAUGGAGGGUCAUCUUAUGGUAGUGGAUCUUCUUAUGGUAGUGGUGGGCGUGGGUUUGGUGGGCCUGCUACAGGACGAUCUGGUGGUGGAUUUAGUUUUAGUAAUGAAGGGCGUUCUGGGAAUUUUGGAAACCGGCAACCAGGAAAUUUUGGAAGUCGCAGUUCGGGUGGAUCUGAAGGAUUUGGAAAUUUCAGCAACAGUUCAGGUGGAUCUGGCGGCUUUUUUGGAGAUAACAAUCAAAGUUCCCGGAGACCUUUUUAACCCUGAUGAACGUUUGCGUGCAUAAAGAGUAGCAGGGUGUGGAGAAACACGUAUUUCAUUGCUCUGAAAUGCCAUUAUAGACAGAGUUGGCAUAGUAGAAAAGUGUACCCUUUUGUGUAGGAAAUCCCUCCCUUCCAUUUCGCUCUCAUUCUUCCUCUUUCGUUGAUAGUUAUUAUUGAUUUGGCUACCUUGGAAUAAUGUUUAUCACAUUUCAUAUUUAUACCUAGUGCUGUCAUUGUCCCUCUCUUGUUGAAAAUCAAUCCCAAUCCAGAUGUCAUAUUAAGUUAUGUUCUGACUUUAAGAUUAGUUGUUGGUUGGGUUCCUUUAACUUUCCGUAUUGUGCAGCUGCUUCCUUG